AUGGUUAUGGGAGUAUCAUGCGUUCAGAAGUCAAAGUGGCCGGAUACGCGAGUUGUAGUUCUCGAACCGGCCUCUUCUCCUGUCAUUACCGAAGGGCGCACUGGUUCUCAUAGCGUAGAGGGAAUCGGAAUUGGUUUUGUGCCGCCACAUCUCGAUUCUAAGCUGUAUGAUGAAGCUCGAGGAGUCUCAGAGGCAGAAGGUCGUGCUGUGUGCAGGCGGUUGGCUCGUGAGGAAGGUUUAUUGGUUGGAACCUCGACUGGUCUCAAUGUUGUCGCGGCCAUUGCUCUUGCCAAAGAACUGGGCCCGGGUAAGACGGUGGUUACCGUCGCCGUGGAUACGGGCCUGAAUUAUAUGAACGGAAAUCUCCUUGCGGAUGCUUGA